CUGGCACACUGGACUGGGGAGACAAAAAGAGUAGCAUAAGAAAACAGUGGAGAAAAUCACAGAAGUGGAUAUGUAACUCCUGUUCUGAACAUUGCUCUUGACCUUGGAACUAUUGUAAGACCUCCCUGAGGAGUAACAAGACUGAAGAGAAGAAUCAGGCAUGACAUACUUUGGGAGGCCGCCUUUCUCGUACAAUGAAUAUGAUGAAGGACAUCCUGAGAAGCAAGCAUCUUACCCAGUAUACCAUUCUGGUUCUGCUGGAGAGGUCAGCCUAGGAUUCGAUCGAAUAGUUGAUGAAGUCAGCAAUGAAUAUUUGUUUUAUGGUUCAUCACAUUCACAUCAUCAUGAAGAAACUUUCUUCCCAUCAGAUGUCUUUGGUCUGCAUGUGCCUGACCAGCAGUUUUGUGGUCAGCCUCUGGUUGCUUAUGGUGAGCUUUACCCUAGGAAUCCUCUCUCUCACUGGCAACAAGGCGCAGUGUCACCAGCGGUUGGCUUCCGGUCUUCUUUACUGUCUGAUUAUCAAAACUUGGUUCCCCACUCCUACAGUCAGGAGACAGAACUCUAUAGAGGGAAUAACUUAAGACCAGUCACAAAUGUGUUUGAUUCAAAUGUGGAAAGAGGCAACACAAAUGUGAAUUUUCAGACAGGCUUUGAUAACAUAGAUGCUCCAAGUCCCGUUUUCACAGACAACUAUCCCUUUGGACAAGAAGUGAAGGAUAAAAGUGGAAAUGGAGAAGUUCGUUUAACUGAUCCCUCCAGAAGAUGUGACAUAGAACCUACCUGGCCCAGCAGGUCUGGACAUAACAGAGAGGCUACAGGUUGGUCUAUCCAGCUGGUUGAAGCAAAUCAAGGAAGUAAUGAAAACACAGUUGCUUUUUGCAAUGCAGUGGAGAAAAUAAGGAAUGCCAAUCCUGCUUUUGACUUGAAGACAAACACUGGGAAAAUCUGGAGUGUUGCAACAAAAUUUCCCAGCCAUAUCCUUGGUGAAUCAAAAUUCAGAAUCAGUGUUUGGACAGAUUCUUCACCACAUCCUCUGCUUCUUACACCACAUGCUGGUUGUAUCACUCGUGCCUUAAUUGUAGAGAUUCUCCAAUGCAUUAAUCAAUACCCAGUCCAGGAGGAAUGCCUUCUAAGUGUCUGUGGGUCUGAUGAAUUCUUACAAAAUAAUCAAACUUUGGGCAGCCAUGAAAGUCUUCGCAAGGCAACCACCUGCAUUCAGCUUCGACUACACAACACUAGUAAUCUGAAGCAAAGUUUGGCUCGAACGCAUGAGGAUGACCAAAGACAGUUUGGUGUGAAUCAGCUGUUAGAAGAUACCUGUGCCUGGAGACUGACUCGACAGAACCUUCUAUCAGUUAUUAUGAAAUACAAUGGUCAAGUGGGAUGUCUACUGCAAGAUGAGGAAGAAAUACAUUCCUCAGGAUAUCCAACUGUCUUUGUAGAACAGCACAUCUAUCAUAAAGUUGAUAAUGUGAUUGAAGUAGCUAAAGCUAUCUGCAGCAUCCUCUGUUUUGUGGAAACCAAAGACAUUACUGAUGCAGUCAAGAAACUCCGUGCAGCGCUGUUGGUGAAAGCACAGGAUUCGCUUCAAAGCAUAGAAAAAACAGAAAAAGCACUAAUAAAGGCUGCAUUGACUGAGCUCUCCAUGGCCAUCUCCUAUCUCAUCCAUGUUUACAGCAGCAGCUUUGAUGCAAAUUUCCAGCUUUCCAGCAUACCUAAAAGCCCUUUGUGUGCAGAUGUCAGCCUUGAUUCCCAGCUCAGCUUCACUGUAUAUGCUGCCCAUAACAUCCCAGAAGCCUGGGUGAACAGCUACAAAGUUUUCUCUUUUUCUUGUUCACUAACUUAUGCUGGGAAGACAAUAUGUCAAGUGAAGAUACGCAAAAAUAUACCAGUUAAAAGAUCUUUCUUUUUCCUGAUUGACUGGAAUGAGAAAAUCAACUUUCCUCUACGAAUAAAGGCUCUUCCAAGGGAAACUAUGUUGACGAUAAAACUACUUGGAGUUAACAGUACCUCUAAAAAUACGGAAGUGCUUGCUUGGACAUGCUCCCCAUUGUAUUCAAAAGAGCGGCUUAUUCAUGGAACUGUGCUACUUAGCAUGACAUUGUACAGCACACUUACAACAACGAUGAUUACCCCAGGCAUCUGCAGUACCGAUACACCAACCUCAGUAACACUGCAGAUUGACUGUCCAGAAACUAAUCUGGAGUUCGUAAAACCUGAACCUGAAGAAAGAAGAGGUGAUCUUGAAGAGCCAACCGAAGACUGCCUGAAGCAUAUUACAAGACUUUCGCAGAUAUGCUCUGUCUUGCUACUCUCAGAGCAACAGAAAAGAAUCUUAUGGUUUUAUCGUUACUACUGCAAUAAUCAGAAUUGCUCCCUUCCUCUGGUACUGGGCAGUGCACCCAGUUGGGAUCGAACGACUGUAUCAGAAAUGUAUACUGUGUUGAGGAGGUGGAGAUUUUCUAACCCCCUGGAGGCACUUGGGCUUCUGACCUUCAGUUUUCCAGAUAAAGAUAUUCGCAGAGCAGCAGUCCAACAAAUAGAGAAUAUGUCAAAUGAUGAAUUGUUAGACUAUCUCCCACAGCUGGUUCAGGUGCUCAAGUUUGAGUGGAGUCUUGAAAGCCCGUUAGUGCAGCUCCUCCUGAAUCGUUCUCUUCAGAGCAUCCAAGUGGCCCAUCAGCUUUACUGGCUGUUGAAGAAUGCACAGAAUGAAGUUCAUUUCAAAGUCUGGUAUCAGAAUCUACUGGCUGCUCUCCAGUUCUGUGCUGGAAAAACCCUGAACAAUGAGUUUUCUAAGGAGGAGAAACUUACUGGAAUCCUGGAAGACAUUGCCAAGAAAGUAAAAGCUGCCAGUGAUGCAAAAAGAAAGGAGGUGUUAAAGGUGGAACUCAACAGACUUCAGCGGUUCUUCCAGGAGGUAAAGAUCUGUCGGCUUCCCCUGAAUCCCGCGCUUGUUGUCCAAGGCAUAAAGGCAGAAUCAUGUUCGUAUUUUACAUCCAAUGCUUUUCCAUUAAAAAUCUCCUUUGUCAAUGCAAAUGCUCCAAGUCAAAACAUCAAUAUUAUUUUCAAGAUAGGCGAUGAUCUACGUCAAGAUAUGCUGGUUCUGCAAAUCAUUCGAGUAAUGGACAGCAUUUGGCUCCAAGAGGGACUGGAUAUGCAAAUGAUCAUUUAUAGGUGUUUAUCUACAGGAAAAGGCCAAGGGUUGGUACAGAUGGUGCCAGAUGCUACCACACUAGCGAAGAUCCACAGGGAGUCUGGACUGAUAGGACCAUUGAAAGAAAACACAAUUAAAAAAUGGUUCCGCCAUCACCAUCCUCUGGAAUCAAGUUACCAAGAGGCAAUAAGGAAUUUCUUCUACUCCUGCGCUGGCUGGUGUGUUGUUACCUUUAUUCUGGGAGUCUGUGAUCGACACAAUGACAACAUAAUGCUGACAAAGGCUGGACACAUGUUCCACAUAGAUUUUGGAAGAUUUUUGGGUCACGCACAGACGUUUGGAAGCAUAAAAAGGGACCGAGCUCCCUUCAUCUUCACAUCAGAGAUGGAGUAUUUCAUCACAGAAGGUGGGAAAAACCCACAGCGUUUUCAGGAGUUUGUGGAGCUUUGUUGUCGAGCUUAUAAUAUAGUCAGGAAACACAGCCAGUUACUCUUGAACCUGCUGGAGAUGAUGCUGCAUGCAGGGCUGCCCGAGUUAAACAGCAUUCAGGAUCUGAAGUAUGUGUAUGAUAACCUCCGUCCUCAUGACUCAGACCUCCAGGCAACAAGUUACUUUACCAGGAAAAUAAAGGAAAGUUUGGAGUGCUUUCCUGUUAAACUCAAUAACUUGAUCCACACACUUGUACAGAUGUCAGUGACAGGCUCUGCAAAGCCUCCAGCUCCAGAGACUGUCCCCCAAGAGUGGAUGAUGUUGAAUGCAGAGAAAUCCAUCGCAAGAGCCACCAUUUUGGGGUUCAACAAGAAGCCUGACCCCCUAUACCUCGUCCAGGUGGUACAGACCUGCAAUGUGGUCACUUUUGUGGAGAAAUCCUUUGACCAGUUCUCCAAACUUCACAGCCAUCUCCAGAAGCAAUUCCCAUCGUGUGCCCUCCCAGAGUUUCCCUACUCGUGGCAUUUACCUUAUGCAGAUCUUGAACAUAAAAGAGUGAAGGAUUUGAAUCUCUAUCUGAAACAGCUACUAAGUGGAUCCGGGAAACUGGCUAAUAAUGAGCUUGUACUUGGCUUCUUCCUGAAUUGGUCCAAGAACACCUUGGCAGAAGAUUCAUCAUCUGUGACCUUAGGUCCUCAGUCAACUGAUCAUAAGCCUGGAGUACAAUUAGUCAUAUCCUAUGAGAGCACCCGUCUGACAAUAAUGUUGAAACACAUGAGGAAUAUUCGCCUCCCAGAUGGCUCUGCCCCAAGUGCACAUGCAGAAUUCUAUCUUCUGCCGGAUCCUUAUGAGGUCAGUCAAAGGAAAACAAGAACAGCUCCAAAAAGCUCUGACCCUACUUACAAUGAAAUUGUUGUGUAUGACAAAGUCACAGAGCUCCAAGGCCGUAUACUGAAGCUUGUUGUGAAAAGCAAAGGAACAUUUGUGGGAGCUGUUAACAUUCAACUGAGCAGUGUCCAGUUAAAUGAAGAAAAGUGGUAUCCGCUGGGAAACAGUGUAAUUUAAAUGUUGUCUGAGAUAAUUCAAUUAUUUAUCCACUAAUGUUUCUUUAUCCCAUUUCCCACGGCACAUUUUGUCUCAGUUGCCCUUGAGAAUAUGCAGUCAUCUGCUGAUCGCAUACCUUAACAUUUCUAGUCAUAAGGCUGUUAGGUUAAAAUUGCUACCAUCUUCCUGCAACAGAUUCCUGCCAGUGUGAGUUUAAGAAAUCACACACUAGGAACCUGUAGCAUCAUGCAGGAAGUACUUAUGAUAGCAAUAAAGGCUUUUGGUUUGUUUGUAUUAAGUAGUACGGUAAGAAUGUUAAAAUCUGUACACACUGAAAUGUGGGGCCUAAUUCUUUGCCCAUUAAUUUGACUGUGUUGAAGCAAUGCUGAUAAUAGUGUAAUUUGUCAGCCUCCCCUGUGACCCCACUGCAUAUAAUGAUUUCACCAGAGAACCAUGGGAUGGUUCCCUGGGUGCCAAUACAUUUCAGAUGUCUGGCAAAUUUUACAUUACAUCUUAUACAAUCAAUACUUAAAAAAAGAAAGAACUUGAAAGCUUUGCACUUUACACAGUUUGGGCAAUAUAUGUUGGUGCACUUUUAACUUUUGAUGUAAUGUACCAUUCAAUUCAGGAUAUUAAUUUGUCAAUAAGAUAUGUAGUUAUUUCUUUUAUUCUGUCAUUCAAGAAGCAGGUAUAGCCGGCUAUUUGUGGGAAGAAAGGAGAAGGCAGAAGCUAAUGUCACAACUAAAACACAGUGAAUGUGAUCUUUCGGUGUGGUAUUUGUUAAAGAUUACACUAUAAGGAAUCUGUUCACCAAUCUUACUGCAUUGCAUUCUUACUGCUGCGUAAGGGAAUCAAGUCAAUACAUGCAUUGACCUCAGGGCUAUAAAAUGUACAUAUACAUAUUAAACAAUGAAUGUGAGUGGUUCCUUUGAGCUCACUGAGGUAAUUAUGGGCUCUGUUCUUCAAAGCAUUUUUACCUACAUUGAGGAAGCACUUAAGCACAUCUUUAAACAUUUAGCAUGUGAGCAGCCAGAUUGAGCUGUCCAUUACUGCCAGCCUCUUAGACACACAUAGCUGACCAUGUAUAUGUACCUUUCCAGGACCAAGGGCACAUUUUUAAGGCACAGGAGACAUGUUUAUUUGCGAUCUGAUCUGCUGUAAAAGUUUAAGUUUCCAUAUACUGACUAGGUCUGACAUUUGUCCUACCAGAUAGAAAAGUGGUCAGCAGAGGGAUAGUAAUGGCAGAAGCUGAACAUAAUUGCCUUCUUCUCUCAAAGGAUACUCACAGAUCAGUCUUUAGAAGGUAGUGUUGUAUAAAGCUCCUGAAAUGGGACUCAGAAUGUUAUUUAGGAAACUAAAUAAGCUGGAGUUUUUUUCAGCAUCAAACCAAUUGACUAUGUCACUUGGUCAGUUUUUAUCUGAGGAUAAUUUCCCCAGGCAAUCUGAUGUAUUAAACUCCUCUGUAAAGAGAGCUGGGGGGAGCUCUGCCUGAAUAUUAAUAUUAUUAACAUUCUUCAGAGCUGAAAAAAGAUAUAAAAUAUUUACCACAUAAAAGGGAUAUUGGCUAGCAUACAAAUGUGAUCACUACAAAGAUCAGUAAGUCUAACAUGUCAGAUUAUAGGCCCUCCUGGGUAAAGAAUCAAGUGUCUUGUCACUCAGGCACAGAAAACAUAUUGAGGCCAGAUUAAACGUUAUCAAAUUACCUGACCUUACAGUUCAAUAUCGAUUUUAGCAUCUUCUUAGUCUACUGUCUUGGUUUCCUUAUUAUAUCUGUAAUGUAAUUUUCUAAUAGUCUUAUUUCCUGUGACAUUUUCUAAUCAUUGUUUACUGGUUACCCUGAUUUUCCAUCUUAGAGCAACAUUACAUAAAAUAACAUUAACAUGGCAUUAAAUAAGAAGAGCAUUAAAAUGUAAUAUCAGAACUGUCUGCAAACAUCAGCAAUACUUUUCAGUAUUAAAGAAAUAAACCUAUCAAAAUAGCAUCCUUUAAAAGAAAACACCACAUGUUUGAGUAACAAAGCUGUGAUUAACUGGGUAGAUGAUACUUUCUUGUGGAAGCUCAAUAGGGCUUCAGUUUUGUAAGGAAGAUGGGAACAUUGUGUCUUAUGGGCAACAUCUACACCAAUAGCUAUAUCAGGCAAGAAGCUGUCCUCAGAGAACUUAAAUCACACAAUCCGCCCUUGCCUGUUCAAAAAUUCUUCUAAUUCACCUCAAAGCAUUGUACUUCCUAUUUCCUGAGUUCACAGUCAGAUGUAUCCUGAGCGCCCUGCUGUUAUGAGGAACACAGCACUUCACAAAUCAGUCUGCGAAUUAUUUGUCUGUCUUUAGCAGCAGGGGUUUGAAGACUAAUCUGAGAAAAGGUAUUGAUAUUAGCAUCUGAGUUUUUAUCAUUUUAAGAGUUGUUUUUCUCCUCAAAACUGUUUCCCAGGUAGCAAAAUUACAGUGGACAUAGGCAUAGCCCAAUCAGAAAGGGUACAUUGCAUGUGUAAUUUUUCCUGUUUUCUCAGAGAGAUACAAUGGUAAGAAAUCUUGUUCUAUACAAAUGAAUAUGUCAGUUUAACAUGCUCAACAUUUUGCUGUCUCAGAUCAUAAAUAUUAGACCAUUUUUCUCAGUAAUUAAUCAUAAUUUUGAAACUACCUGAAAGUGAAAUAAACAAGAAGUCCCAUUAGCUUAAUAAAACCUCAAGAACGUACCACUCUGGAAACCAGACCACGGGGCUGUUGCACGACAGGUGAUGUUGCUUUAUUGAGCAGGGGGUGAUCGUUCAGAACUGUUACUGCAGAGUGUCAUUAGUAGUACCAUAUAUGAACAAACAGUGAUGCAGGUUUGAGACUGGUACCAUGUUUGUUCAGCAGGGGAACAUUACGGUAACCUGUAAAUAUAAUGACACUUUAUUAGUGUAUU